UUUGUUGUUUUGAUUUGAUUUUCUUAUUUUUGAUUUUUUGGUUUUGGGUUUUUUGUUUCUUUGUUUCUUUGCUGUUUGGUUUCAUUGAAGUUAUGGAUAUUCCGGUUGAUAGGAUUCCACAAGGUCUUCGUAAUCUUCGUGCUUGUUUGCUUUGUUCUCUGGUUAAAUCGUUUGAACAAUUUGAGGUUGAUGGUUGUGAUAAUUGUGAAUUUGUUCUUGGUAUGAGAGGUAAUAGAGAGAUGAUUUUUGAUUGUACUUCGUCUAAUUUUGAUGGUCUAAUUGGUGUCACUCAGCCAGAUGAAAGUUGGGCUGCUAAAUGGUUAAGAAUUCCUAAAUUUAAACCUGGUACUUAUGCGAUUAGUGUUUCUGGUAAAUUACCACAAACAAUUUACCGUGAACUUAAAUCAAGAAAUAUUCCUUACAAAUCAAGAGAUCGAGCAUCUUAAAGGAAGUAUUAUUAUUCUUACCUGUUACUUAUUGGGGAACAAUUACCAAUCACAAAACGAGAGACAAUUUACUUCUUCCUCAAUCAAUUUAAAAAAAAAUAUUCUUUUCUUUUUUCUUUACCAGUUUAAUUCAAAUUUUCAUUUCCUUCUCUCACCUGUUUCUUCAAGAGAUUCAAUCAUUUGAUCCUCUGCUUUCGAUGUCGUGUAAAUUACAAUAGUUAAUUGUUUCAACAGUUUCUCCGUUUUCUCUCAACAAUUAUCACCAUCAACUUGGCCUUUGAUAACCUUUACCAUCUAAACUCUGGAACCGAUCAAAAUGUUGAAACGUUGGCCCUUCAAAAAAAAUUCGGAAUCACCUUCACCAACUUCUAGUGAUCCACCUUCAUCUUGUUCAUCAGAAACCUCGGAACCACUUGAAAAGAUUGAUGCCUAUGUUGAUUUCACCAAAUUCAAUGAGAAAAUCAAACAAUCAUCAUCUUUAAUGUGUGAAAUCAACAAAUUACUCAAAUGAAAAAUAGAUCAACAAAAUUUGAAAACGUUCCCAUUCAAUUAUGAAACAAAAACACCAAUUAAAAGUUUAAUUUGAUAAUUGAAA